AUGCAAGUGCCCACCGCUGCAGGCUGCUCUUGGGAUGAUGACCCCCUGACGUCCCCGCUGCCCGGUCCUACGCCCGGGUCCACUCCACGAAGGAUGUUUGGCACUACCAGGCUGGCUCCCGGUCUGGUGCUUCUUCCCUCGUGCUGUGCGGGCGGCGUGAUUCCGUCGUUGUGCAGCCCCUCUUCCAGCAGACCGCGGGCAGACGUAGUGCCCGUGACGACAGCGCCCAACCCAGUGCCGCCGGACUCCCCCUCCUUCUUCAACUUUCCGAGGGCGGCUUGGAGAAGCCCUGGCAGCUGCUGUACCUCGUCCGUCAGGCCUGGAACUUUGCUCUCCAGGUUGUCAACUCUGCCCUGCGUACUAGUGGUGACGUCGGCAGUCCCUGCUGCAACAUCGGCGCCACUCAUCUCCAGCACGGGUUCCCUCGAGGGAUACACUCUAGAGAAGCAAUCGCCGUACGAGAUGUGGCACGGGCACCCUCCCCCGCCGGGGGCGAUGUACCCGUUCCUCAAACCUGCCGUAUACAAGGUCAAGCGCACACACAAGUCCGAUCCGAAAGCCCAAAAGUGUUUUUACCUUGGCCCGGGAAUCAACACCAACCGUGAUUGCGUGCGCAUCAUUAACGAUAAACGCCAAGCGAUCACAACUCGCAACUUCACCUGGCAAUCCGUACCCACCGCCCCCGCCGCCCUGCCCCAGUCGCUGCCUCCCAUCGCAGAGGAGGAAGAGGAAUUCGCGACUGAGGAGGACGAGGUUGGGGAGGGCGCGUCGAGCCAAGGUGGAGGGAGGGCGGAGGGAGAACCUGUGGAUGGAGGACCAGGUUUCAACCUUGGCACGACGGCAGCCCCGGGGCCCGCGGGGCCGGCCGCGCGCGUAGCGCCGGUGGCACCGCCGGCCGCGCCCCAGGAGUCGGGCGCGGGCGACGCUGGCGAUGGCGCCCCCUCGAGCAGGGAGAGCGCGAGCGUCGCCCCAUCUACCACGUCGACCGGCACGGCCGAUGUGGGCGGCGGCGAGGACGACCGCCGCAGCAGCGGUAGCGGCGGCAGCGGCGGCGACAGCAGCGGCCGCGGUAGCUGCGGCAGCGGCAGCGACAGCAGCAGCGGCGGCAGCGGCGAUGACGGCGGCAGCGACAGCGGCAGUGGCAGCGACAGCGAGACUGAUCUCCCGGCGCUCCGUGGGCCAGAGGCCCGGCGGCUCGCCCGCUUCAUCAAGCCGGCGGAACUCACCAGCCGUCGCACUAAGGAGAACCCUCGCCGAAACCCUAGGGCUAGAGGCAAGGGCGGUGCGAGGUUGCUGUUCGAGCGCGCGGAGGAGGCCCACGCUGCGCGCCAAGAGGCGGAGGAUUUCCUGCUGGGUACGGUGGACCUCAUGCUCAACUCGCCAGACGCCUUCGAGACGGCUCUGGCGUCCCACGAGCAAUGUGAAUCCCCCAUUGGCCUGCGUCCGAGUGAUGCCGUGAUGGAAGAGUUUGAAGGGCACUUGGGCACGGGGACGUUUUCAUUCGUAGACGGUGCGCCAGAGGGGCGCAGGCCUGUGAGCUCAAAGUGGUGUUUUAGUUGGAAGACCAACAAGGAAGGGAAGAUAGACACGUUCAAAGCGCGUCUGGUUGCUAGGGGGUUUCCGCAAAUCCCGAACGUCGAUUAUUUCCAUUCGUCUUCCGCUUGUCCAUCAUCCGCAUCCAAUAAACUAAUGCUUGCGGUAGCAAACGAGAAGGGCGUGAACUUCAAUCACUCGGAUGUGAAGCAGGCGUACACACACGCCACGCUAGACGAGGAGGUUUUUCUGAAGCGUCCCGCUGGGUGCGGGGAAAAAUUGCGAAAGAUUGCUAAGGCUGAGCGUGCGAUUUAUGGUCUGAAGCAGAGCGGUAGGCAGUGGGGGUACCACGCUGCUGAUACGCUAGUCGAGAACGGGUUCGAGCAGUGCAAGGCGGACCCGUGUGUUUUCCGCAAGAUGGUAGACGAAGUCGUGGUGAUGAUUAUCGUGAUUUACGUGGAUGACAUUUUGGUGGCUGGGUCUGACGAGGAUUGCGAGGAGUUGCUUGCUUCUCUCAACAAGAAGUUCCCCACCAGAAAUGUGGGAGAAUGCGAAUGGUUUGACGGGUGUGCCAUCGAGAGAGAUGUAGAGGCUGGGAAUCUUAAAAUCUCGCAAACCGCGUAUAUCGACAGCAUGGUGAAACGCUUUGAUGUACAAUCGACCUCCCGCAUCCCUGCUUCCCCUGGUGUUGACCUAGGACCGAAGCGGGAUAACGAGAACGGAGGGGAGUGGCCGGUGAGGGAGGCCAUCGGCAGCAUGAUGUGGGUGUCGACUUUCUCGCGUCCAGACGUCUCGUUCGCCGUGCGUGCGGUAGCGCGCCACGCCCACGCCCCGGCGAAGCGGCACUGGGAUGCCAUACAGAAGAUCCUCGGCUACCUGAAAGGGACGAGGGACCUCAGCAUCACCUACCAACGGGGAUCGGGGUUAGGGCUGGCCGUAGCAUCUUCGACGGAAGCCGAGUACAUUGCUGCCGGGGAGGGCGUCAAGGAGGCGUUGUUUGUGCGUGCUGUGCUUUUGUUUGUUGCCCCAGAGACGAGUGGUAGCAGCAUCCAGGUCCUUGAGGACAGCCAGGGGGCCAUCGCGUUGGUGCAGAACCCCCUCAGCUCAGGUCGCACGAAACACAUCGACGUGAGAUUCCAUUUCAUCCGCGGAUUGUUUAGGUCGGGGGAUAUUUAG